AACAAAAAGGUUUCUACUUGUAGGUUUUGUACCUGUAGAAAUGCAUUUGAGUCUGAGAAUGUUGGUUUUAAUAACAGGAGACACAUUGUUUUUCAAGGCAGGUUUCUUUUAAUUGAAUGUUCUUGAACCAUUAAUGUUGAAAUGAAAGAAAAGCACCAGAUGGCACCCUUCAGACAUUAUUUUACCUGAAAAGAGGGCGGGGGACAGCUUGUGACACCUGAAUGUUUCCGGAAGUUGCUUUCAAAUGAAAUACAAAGGGUAUAAAAUAAAAAUGUUAAAUCAAAUUCCACCAGUUCAGUGUUUCACCUGGAGAUUCACGUCCUUCUGCUCUGCAAAGCGAGACGGAUUCAUUUACAACGGAUAGUCUAAGGUUUUUUUUCGUUAGGCUUUCUCUCAAGGAAAGUUCAACUAGUUAAACCUGAAACAAGAACCAGUUCUGUGAAUCUCUGUCCCCAUGGGGAAAUGUGUUACUAUCCGGCUUUUUAAAUGACACUAAUGGCUACAGAACACAAUUUGACAGCCUUUUGAUUCAGCGUUUUUAGUGAGAUUUUUCAAGCAAAAAUACCAUGUUCCAGCAAAUAAAUCAAAAAAAUUACCUAUAUGUCCUCGGAUUGGUGGUUCCAUGGUGCAUCUAUCGCUGGUACAAGGCUAGCAGGAGAGUGACCAAAAAAGAAGAGAAAUAUGUCUACGUCACCGGCUGUGAUUCUGGGUUUGGUAAUCUCCUCGCGAGACACCUCGACAAGCAGGGCUUCAAUGUGAUUGCCGCCUGUUACACUGAGAAGGGUGAGGAAGAGCUGAAGAAGAUCACCUCUGACAGACUGGCGACUUUUCACUUGGAUGUUGCUGACUCCAAGAGUGUGGAGAAAACCGCAGCUCUGAUCAAGACUCUGGUUGGUGAGAAGGGCCUGUGGGCUGUUGUGAACAAUGCUGGAAUCGCUCUGCCCUCUGGCCCCACUGACUGGCUCACCAUAGACGACUACAAGAACAUGCUGGCUGUCAACCUGUGCGGGGUGAUUGAUGUCACCCUGAGCGUCCUCCCUCUCAUCAAGAAGGCCAAAGGCAGAGUGGUGAAUGUGGCCAGUGUGUUUGGGCGAGUGAGCCCCUUCGGCGGGCCUUACUGCGUGUCCAAGUUCGGAGUUGAGUCCUUCAACGACAGUCUGCGUCUAAACAUGGCACCGUAUGGCAUUAAGGUAGCAUGCAUUGAGCCAGGCUUCUUCAAAACAAAUGUGACUGAUACAGUGGCGAUGAAAAAAAACCUGAGGAUGCUGUGGGACCGACUACCUCAGGAUGUGAAGGACGACUAUGGCCCUGAUUACUUGCAAGCAUCUCUUGACAUGUUGGAACAAAGGUUUAACAUGCUGACUGAUGGGAACCUGAUGAAGGUGGUGCACUGCAUGGAGCACGCCGUCUCCGCUGUUUACCCACAGACUCGCUACUCUGCUGGGUGGGACGCGAAGUUCUUCUGGUUGCCUCUGUCCUACGUGCCAACCAGCAUCUCGGAUAGGUUUUUCCGGAAAAAUGCCCCUCCAUUUAAACCAAGAGUAUAAGUAGUUUCUGCCAAAUAAGUUGUUGGAAAACCGGGCUAAUUUAAAGAUCUCUUGUCACUUUUAUAUUUAAUGCUAUAAAUGUUUGUACAUGAAGGAUUAGACCAUUGCAAAUAUAUAAACAUUUUCUGUGUAAUAACCAA